GAUAUAUAUCAAUGGCCCAAAGGAUAAGUUAGAGAUUCAACUGUUCUUAGUCAGGUAAAGUGGUAAAUCUUUUUUACUUCUUUUUGGGUAGUGGUGGUUGUUUUUUUAACAAUCUGUUGAACAUGAAUUUAGAAUAUAGGGUACAUUCAUCUUAGUUUAUCGUUAAAAUAAUUAGUGGAGUAUUAUGGAGUUGGUUUAUGUGCAAAUAAUUGAGCUAGGCAACUUUAGUUAAAUGAUUGCUUGUCACGCGGAGGGUAAUUAGUUUUGGUUGGAUGGAUAUUUUUAAGUCAAUUCACAUAUUGCUGUUGUCAACUUGUGCCUCCAGCAUGUGUAUUUCAUUCAACCUUUUUAUAAUGUUCAAAUACUAAAUAUCUUUGGCAGUUAAUUCAUUCUUGGGUCAAAUCCCACCGAGAAUUUUUCUCCUCCUCAUCGGGUCUUUAUUUAUAUUCAAGAAUAAAAUAAAAGAAUUAGUGAAGUAAUAAACAGAUUCGUCUUUAAUAGAGAUCUUUUAUUAUUAUUGAUAGAAAAAUAAAGGAUCCUGCUUCUUCAGGGUGUUUCCGCGUUUGUCUUAUUAAAUCUGUUCACGCUCAUUUGGAACCUGCAAGAAUGGUUGAAACUAGCACGGCGUCUCCAAUGGCGGAGGCUGAUAUAAAAGCAAUGAAGAAAACACACCGAGCCCAACAAACUCCUUUGCAGCAGCUACAUGCAGAGUUGGAUCAGGAAAAAGAAGCCUCUGCUACUGUAGCCAGCGAAGCUAUGGACAUGAUACUUCGUCUACAAGGCGAAAAGGAUGCCGUGAAGAUGGAGGCAAGUCACUACAAGAGAAUGGCAAAGGAGAAGAUAGGUCAUGCUGAGAAAACUCUUGAAGUCUUUGAAGAGCUUAUGUAUCAGAAGGAGAUGGAAACCACUGCUCUUGAGGUCCAAGUCUUGGCUUACAAACAGAAGCUUCUGGCAUUGGGAGUAGAUAUCAAUAUCAGUGAGCUUGAAUUCCCUCGUGAUCUUCUUCUUAAUAGAAGCGAACAAAAUGGAGAAGAUGAUCAAAGUAGCUCUAAGAGAAGGUUGCAAUCAUUACCCCCUAUUUGCUCUAUGAGGUGCAACUUUAGAUCAUUGCUAACACUCGUAUUGCUACAUUGAUACAACAUAGCUAUAGGCUUGUAGCAUUUUUUGUUGUUUAGAUUUGUAAUAUGAUUUAUUACUUUUCAAGAGAAAUUUGUGUAUUAAUAUUUUGAGUUUAAUGAAAUAUCUCAUUUUGUAGUAA